AUGGGAUAAUGCAAAUGUUUAGAAGCACCAAAAUAAUUAACCAUCGAAGGAAAUCCUAUUUAAGAUUCUUACAGUCAAGAAUAGGAUUAUCAAAUAUAAAGAAUAUUACAACCUCUAAAGUUAUAUGAAACACUUCCAUUACCUUCUUACUAUUCCUAAGUAGCAGAAUCUUAUGAAGAUUUUUCUCCUGAAAAAAACAUACCUGAAGAUUCUGUAUGCACAGAUUUUGUUGCUCCUAAUAUUGAGCUCUAGCAAGUACCAGAAAUAACAUUCUGUAAAAAUUAUCCAAAAUCAGACAAAGCAUAUAAAUUUGAAGGUUUCAUCUAUAUAGGGCAAUGGAAGAAAUUUGAACCAUAUGGUUUUGGUGUUUUUGUUUAUAAUGAUGGAGCAAUUUUCAUUGGAUACAGUGUAAAUCUCAGUCCUCAUAUUUAUGGAAAGAAGUAAUAUCCGGAUGGUACAGAAUAUGAAGGAGAAUAUUUAUAUGGAUCUCAUCAUGGCUAAGGUGUGUUGAAAAAUAAAGAGAUGACCUUCGAGGGAAUUUGGAGUUAAAAUGUGCCAGUGAAAGGAAAAGAAUAAUGGAAAGAUGGUACCAUAUUUGAAGGAGAAUACAAAGAAGGAAAAAAAAACGGGUUUGGUAUUAUGAAAUGGAAGAAUGGAAAUUAAUAUGAAGGAAACUUUUAAAACGAUUAAUUUGAUGGUUAAGGAGUAUAUAAAUUUGCAGAUGGAUUCAUUUAUGAAGGAGAGUGGAGUAAUUCAUUAAUGCACGGAAAAGGAAAAUUAGUAUAUCCUAAUUCAAGUUAUUUUGAGGGGGAGUUUAAUAAUGAUAAAUAAGUUUGUGGCCUUCAAUAUUCAUUAAAUGGACUCCGAUAAACUGUUUCCUAAUUUAGUCCUAAUUCAACAAUAAGUGAAAGAAGCUUUCUUAAAAUUGAUAGGCCAAGCAUCAGAACUUCAUAUAUUGAAUUUAAGAGUGUAUAUGGUUGA